AUGUCGGUCGCCAUAGUUUCAGGAGCAUCUAAGGGAAUAGGAGCUAGCUUGGCAAGACAGUUAUUGGCAAGGACGAAUUUUCACGUCGUGGCUACUUGCAGGGAUGUUGGUGUUGCUCAACAGAAUCUUGGAAAUGAAAAUUCAAACAGGUUGACCAUUUUACCUUGUGAUGUUACUCGGGAAGAAGAUAUCGCCAGUGUCGCCAGUACGGUCGGCAAAACAUUCGGUCCUGGAUCUGUUCGUUUGGUGGUCAAUUCAGCUGGGUAUCUGAAUCCAGAAAAGAGUUAUAAAGCUCUUGAAGAACAGAAUAUCAUGAAGCACUUCAUGAUCAACACUUUCAGUGUCAUGUACAUGGCCAAGCAUAUUACUCCACUUCUUGCUUCCGUGUCAAAAGAAUCGGCUACAUGGUCAAGGUCAAUUUUUGGGUCGAUCAGCGCUCGAACUGGAAGUAUAGCUGAUAAUAAGCUCGGGGGAUGGUAUUCUUAUCGAGCAAGCAAAGCAGCUCAAAAUCAAAUUACAAAAACUUUGGCCGCUGAACUGGGUAGACGUGGAGUCAUAACUGUUGCUUUACAUCCUGGUACGGUCGACACUGAUUUGAGCAGGCCGUUUGUGAAGGGUACCCACAUGUCCCCUGAUCAAGCUGCUGAGCUCAUGUUCAAUACCAUUGAAUCUCUCAGGGAGGCGGAUAAUGGGACCUUCUUGGAUCAAGAUCGAGUUCUUGCUCUAUCAGGGCUCAAACUGAAAGAAUGGCCUUCGGUCAUAUCAAAUCUUGAUCCAAAACUCCUGAAAUCAAUCCUCGACCUGUCCAGCAAUCUACUAGAAACGUUGCCUCCUGACAUUGGCAGGUUUAACUCGCUUAAGACUUUAACGUUGGCAAACAAUCUACUAUCGACGCUUCCCGACGAAAUAUGGUCUUUGACAGCACUACAGACUCUGGAUCUUCAUAGUAAUCGUUUGAGAGCCCUCUCUCCCUUAAUCGUACAGCUAUCAAAUCUCAAGACGCUGGACGUCUCAAAGAAUCAGCUAGCUUCGAUACCACUAGAACUGGCAGGGAACAAAAAACUCGUCACCCUCGAUGCUUCCUACAACAAGCUCAAAGAGCUUCCAAUUACACUGGGAGGUUUGCCUGAUUUGGAAGAGAUUAAUGUAUCAAAUAAUCAGAUUGCUGAGCUUCCUCGAGAGUUGGGCCUGGCCUCUAAGCUCAAAGCAUUACGUAUUGCAAACAACUCUCUGGUGGUGUUUCCCGAUAUCUUGCAAAACACUUCGCUGACAUGGAUUGAGGUCGAGGGGAAUCCUUGCUUCACCAAGUUUUCUGAAUUGGCUGGCUAUGAACAGUAUGUGGCUCGUCGUAAAGGACGAAUCGACCAAUUCAUAAAGACAAUAUGUGGUACCCACAUGUCCCCUGAUCAAGCUGCUGAGCUCAUGUUCAAUACCAUUGAAUCUCUCAAGAUCAUGAAGUGGCUGAAAGCUCUCUUUGGCGAUAAGAAGCACCUCGCAGAAAAGGCAGAAAAGGCAGAUCGGAGAGUUGUUGCUCUAUCAGGGCUCAAAUUGAAAGAAUGGCCUUUGGUCAUAUCAAACCUUGAUCCAAACAUCCUGAAAAUCCUCGACCUGUCCAGCAAUCUACUAGAAACAUUGCCUCCUGACAUUGGCAGGUUUAACUCGCUUAAGACUUUAACGUUGGCAAACAAUCUACUAUCGACGCUUCCCGACGAAAUAUGGUCUUUGACAGCACUACAGACUCUGGAUCUUCAUAAUAAUCGUUUGCAAGCCCUCUCUUUCUUCAUCGUACAGCUAUGGUAUCUCAAGACACUGGACGUCUCAAAUAAUCAGCUAGCUUCGAUACCACUAGAGCUGGGAUGGAACAGAAAACUCGUCACCCUCGAUGCUUCCUACAACAAGCUCAAAGAGCUUCCAUUUACACUGGGAAAUUUGCCUGAUUUGGAAGAGAUUAAUGUAUCAAAUAAUCAGGUUGCUGAGUUUCCUCGAGUGCUGGGCCUGCCACCUAGGCUCAAAAUAUUACGUAUUGCAAACAACUCUCUGGUGGUGUUUCCCGAUAUCUUGCAAAACUCUUCGCUGACAUGGAUUGAGGUCGAGGGGAAUCCUUGCUUCACCAAAUUUUCUGCAAUGGCUGGCUAUGAACAGUAUGUGGCUCGUCGUAAAGGACGAAUCGACCAAUUUAUAAAGACGUGA